UCGAAAAAAAAUUCCCUUUAAUAAUAAAUUAAAAAUGAAAUUUAGUUUAUUCUCUAUAUUUUUGAUUUUCUUUAUAGUGGUGCUUAGUGAAGGAAAGAAGCCACCCCCAGUAACAACAUCAAAACCAACAAAUCCGCCAAGUACUUCAGCACCCUCAACAACUAAGAAAUAUAAGCCUUCGGCACGUGAUGAUGAUGAUUGGGGUCUCCGUAGAAAGCGAAAUGCGCAACCGCCAUACAAUCCAGCACCUCCACCAACUUACGCACCACCUCCCCCUCCACCUCCUCCACCAGUAUACGCUCCUCCAACUUAUGCUCCACCACCACCACCAUCACCACCUCCAUAUGUCCCACCAAAACAAUAUGGACCACCACCACCACCCCCUCCACCUCCUGUCUACGCACCUCCAACUUAUGCUCCUCCACCACCACCACCAGUCUACGCUCCUCCAACUUAUGCUCCUCCACCACCAACCUAUGCUCCCCCACCUCCUCCACCACCACCAGUCUAUGCCCCUCCAACUUACGCUCCUCCACCGCCACCAACACCACCAAAACCUUACUACCCACAAUACCUUUAAUGGUGAGAAGAAGGUGAAACAAAAAAAAGAAGAUAAAUAAAAGAAUGUUAAAUAAUAAUC